AGAAGCCGGAGCGGGACCUCAGCGCGCGCGCUCUCUCUUUCUCCCGCCUUCACCUGCCGAGGCGCUCACCUGGGCCCCCUUCGGCCCGUCGGAGGGGAGGGACUGCUGCUAGCGCAUGCGCGGCACUUCGCCCGCCCCGGCGCCUUCAUGAAUGGCAUUUGCAUCAAAAAUCAGACAAAUUGAAAAGCAUGUAAGCAUAUGUGAUGAUGAAGAUGGAAGUUUCCUACGGAAGAAGAAAAUCAAUUUUCUAGGACCCGGGUUUGCUGAAGGAAGCACAAUGACCUUUCAUCACAUCAGCUACAGAGUGCAUUUGAAGACUGGCCACUACGGCUUUCGAAAAGUGGUUAAAAAAGAUAUCUUGACGGAUGUCAGUGGUGUCAUGAAACCUGGUCUCAACGCAAUCUUAGGACCUACAGGCUGCGGCAAAUCUUCGCUCCUGGACAUUUUAGCUACAAGGAAAAAUCCUAAAGGCCUGACAGGAGACAUUUUGAUCAAUGGCUUCCCUUUGCCUCCAAAUUUUAAAUGCAUUUCCGGAUAUGUAGUUCAGGAUGACAUAGUGAUGGGAACAUUGACAGUCAGAGAAAAUUUAGAGUUCUCAGCGGCCCUUCGGCUACCAUUGUCUAUGAGCAAAAAGGAAAAGCAAGAGAGAGUUGAAACUGUUCUCAAGGAACUGGAUUUGUCUAAAGUUGCAGACUCCAAGAUUGGCACCCAUUUUAUCCGUGGAGUUUCCGGGGGAGAGAGGAAAAGAACCAGCAUUGGAUUAGAGCUCAUUACGCACCCUACAGUAUUGUUCUUAGAUGAGCCGACAACUGGACUGGAUGCCAGCACAGCCAAUGCCGUCCUGCUUCUCUUAAAAAAGAUGGCGUUACAAGGGAGAACAAUAAUUUUCUCAAUCCAUCAGCCCCGGUACUCUAUUUACAAAUUGUUUGACAGCCUGACGCUACUUGCUGCUGGAAGACUUCUUUAUCAUGGCCCGUGUGACAAUGCUCUUCCAUACUUCAAAGGUCUUGGUUAUUUGUGCGAACCAUAUAACAACCCUGCUGAUUUUUUUCUGGACAUCAUUAAUGAAGAUUCAACUGCUGUUGGAAUGAGUAAAAUGACCAUCAUUACUAUACCCAUUGAUGAAGACAAUGACAUGGAAGACACUGACAGCAUUGCAUUAGGAUUAGCCAUACGCUUUACCAGAAGUGCUUACUACAAACAAAUGAUGGCAGACCUCGAUGCACUAUCUUCGGACGAUAAAAAGAAGACGACAGCUUAUAAAGGAAUUCCGUACACCACACCCUUUCUUCAUCAGCUCAAAUGGGUGUCCAAACGCACAUUCAAAAAUCUGAUUGGAAAUCCACAAAAUUCCACUGCCCAGAUAUGUAUUGCCACUUUUCUGGGACUAAUAGUAGGAUCCGUAUUCGCUGGAGUUAAAAAUGAUGCCACUGGCAUUCAAAAUAGAGUUGGCGCUUUGUUCUUCUUGACGACCAAUCAGUGUUUGAAUAGUAUUACGACUGUUGAACUUUUUAUCACGGAAAAAAGGAUAUUUAUACAUGAAUAUAUAAGUGGCUACUAUAGAGUGUCUGCAUAUUUCUUCUCAAAGAUAUUAGCUGAUAUGGUGCCCAUGAGGACUUUACCUGGCAUCAUCCUCACUUCCUUAAAUUAUUUCUUGAUAGGUUUCAAGCCAACUGCGGUAGCCUUCUUUACCAUGAUGAUUACUGUUAUAUUAGUCGCCUACGCAGCCAGUUCCAUGUCUCUGGCAAUAGCAACAGGGCAAAACGUCACGUCGGUUGCAAACCUCAUCAUAAAUAUUUGCUUUGUUUUUAUGAUUGUUUUCUCUGGCUUGCUGGUGAACAUCACAACCAUUUCACCUUGGUUGCUGUGGCUGAAGUAUUUCAGUAUCCCGCGCUAUGGCCUGAAUGCUUUGCAAGUAAAUGAAUUUACUGGGCUUAAGUUUUGCUCAGAACUUGAACAAGGGGUCAACGUAACCUGCAUCGCUCCUAGUCCAUUUACCAUAUGCACUGGAGAAGAAUAUCUGAAGAUGCAAGGCAUUGACAUGACUUUCUUGGGCAUGGUGAAGAAUUACGUGGCUCUUAUAUGCAUGACAAUCAUUUUCCUCUCUAUCGCAUAUCUGAAAUUGAGAUUUAUUAAGAAGUAUACUUAAUCGAGCAGGGCACGCAUGCCUACUGAACACUACAGUGUACGUUUAUGGUAAACAUGUAAUAUAUGUAAAAUAUACAGCUGAUUUAUAAAUCUUUUAUUUUCUUUCUUUCAAGAGAGAGAGUGGAAGGAAAGUGGCCAUUGUGCCAAUUGGAACUUUCCUCCCAUUAGCAAUUAGCAAAUAGCCGGGGAUUCCGACUGGGGAAAUGGGUGUGGCAAAGCGCCCUCCCCCAUGGUCCUAACCUGGCCUGUGACCUCCCCCACCAGUGCUAUGUACAUAUAAAACUAUAUAUAUUUAUCAUCUACAAUGUCACAUUUAGAUUGGCCUUGUCCUUCCAAACAGUGGCUAAGGUGGUCAAUGUCUUACCCAUACAAAAUCAAACCAGAGGUGGGAGCUCACAUGGUGGGAUAUAAAUUUGCUCCUUACACAAAGAGAGACUUUUGCUUUAGUUCAAUAUCCAUGGAUUGAGUUGAACUGGGUCAAGAGAUCACCUAUUCCUACAACCUACAACAGGCCCAUGGAACUAAAUUGAAACCCAGCCUGUAUCUCCCCACCUAAUAACACACACAAACUACUGCAAACCAUAUAAAGUCUUUAUUAAGGGGGGAGGUGGUCACUAUUAAACCAAUACAUCUUUGAUCAUUGUGGAUAACUAAUAACUUUCCAACACACCUUUGCUAUUAAGACAUUAACCUAAAAACGGGGGUAACUCACACUUCCAUUGUGUGAAACAAAAGGGAUACAAAAACAGGUAGCUUCGCUGUCAUACACUAAAUGUAUGUACGUUGUCAGUAUGCAUGGAUAACCCAUGAAAUCUUAUUGCACUUCAAAAUGAAGUUUGUUAUUAAGUAACAACAUGUUACAACAAUAUAUAUAAACAUAUAUAUUAAUAUAUAUAAACAAAUAUGAUUAUGAAUGCAAACAUUUUGGUUUUUAUAGCAACGCUGCAAAUGUAAGAUAUAAUGAUUGUGAUGGCUGUAAAUACAAACAGGAAGACACAACUUUUGAAACAAGCACGCCAAGGCGUGUUGCAAUGGCAGCUUCCCACUCUGCAGCUUGGCAUCUGCGACAGCAUGGCACGAAAAAUCUGCGAUGCCAUUAGCACUACUGUGAGAAAUUCCUGUGGACUGAAGCACCCUCUUGAAGCCCCCAGCAACAAAGCCAAAUGAAUGUGUCCCUAUGAGUCAUACUGUCACACAGGUUGUUGUUUUGGAAAUGCACCACAUAAAAUCUUUCAGAAAUCUAAAA